AUGGGGGACUGGAACCUUCUUGGAGGUGUUCUGGAGGAAGUCCACAUUCACUCCACCAUGAUUGGAAAGAUCUGGCUCACCAUCUUGUUCAUAUUUCGCAUGCUUGUUCUGGGCAUAGCAGCUGAAGAUGUCUGGAAUGAUGAGCAGUCUGGUUUCAUCUGCAAUACAGAACAACCAGGUUGCAGAAAUGUGUGCUAUGACCAGGCUUUUCCUAUCUCCCUCAUUAGAUACUGGGUUCUGCAAGUAAUAUUUGUGUCUUCACCAUCUCUGGUCUACAUGGGCCAUGCUUUGUACCGACUCAGAGUUCUAGAGAAAGAGAGGCAGAGGUUAAAAGCUCAAUUGAGAAGAGAACUGGAUGGAGUAGAGUUUGAAAUGCCCAUGGAUCAGAGAAGACUGGAGCAAGAGCUUUCCCAGCUAGAGGGGAAAAGUAAACCAGAUAAAGCUCCACUCAGAGGAAGCUUACUUUGCACCUAUGUGAUACACAUUUUCACUCGCUCUGUGGUUGAAGUUGGGUUCAUUACUGGACAGUACCUCCUAUACGGAUUUCACUUAGAUCCUCUAUUUAAAUGCCAUGGCCAUCCAUGUCCAAAUAUAAUUGAUUGUUUUAUCUCAAGACCAACAGAAAAGACAAUAUUCCUAUUAUUUAUGCAGUGCAUAGCCACCGUUUCACUUUUCUUAAACAUUCUAGAAAUUUUCCACCUUGGUUUAAAAAAGAUUAAAAGAGGGCUUUGGGGACAACAUAAAUCAAAGGACAAACAUAAUGAAUACCACACAAAGAAAUCAAAACUAAACCAAGACAAAUAUCAAGGCACACCUGCAAAUUCACCAAAGAGAUUCCCUUCUGUAUCUUAUUACAACCUGUUUGAGGAAAAGCCAGCACACGCAGCAGUAUGUCAGAGUUUAAAUUCAUUAUUUGAGUUUCAGGCAGCUCCUAACAGUCACAUUUUGGGUAAAGAGGAACAUAAUGGGAUGUGCUCUAGCUGCAGUUUCCUUUAUCCUACCAGCUUAAAUAACAACAAAGGCACUCAUAAAAUAUUUGGAAAAGAAGUUACUGGUCAGAAUGUAAGGAAACAGAGAGGAACGGAGGGUAAAGACAUCAAAAAGCAGUACUGGCCUAGAAGAUAUUGCUCUGUUGCAGGUACUGUUCUGGAUAUAGACACCCAUAUGGGUAAGUCACCACCUCACACAGAUUUCACCCUGCCAGCUACCUGUAUUUGGAAACCCCCUGGGCUUGGUGCUACAUGGUGUCCCUCUACAGAAGGUAAAAAUCAAAGGGCACCUCCUAAAGAUAACUUCAAGAGCCAAUUCAGAGAGGUGAGAAGCAGAACUCUCUUCCCUUCAGGGGGAGAUUCCCAACCAGUUGACACUCCUGAUUCUUUAAGACAGUUGUUCUUUGAGCCAAAGUCUGUUAGAACCUCCAACAAUUCCACUGUUUGUCCUCCCAGUAAUUUAGUAUCCCUGAGGAACAACUUCAUUGGUAGGCGGGUUUCCACAGAUCUUCAGAUCUGAACAGUUGCUGGCUUUUGGACAUUCUGUUAUAUGGUAAAUUAUCCCAGAAGCCACAUUUUGAUGGAUGGAAUCUUGGGAGUUUUUAUUAGAGCAUUAAUAGUCUGCAACAGUUUUAACAGUUGUUACAAAGGCC